AUGGUCGGACCAGAGACGCCAGGGGAGAUUCGGACACCAGUGCUCGGCGCAGCCCCGUCACAGAGAGCCAGCCUGGAAGAGCUCUUUGCUGCCGCGUUCCCCACUGUCCGUGACCUCGGGGUGCCCGGCCUACGCUGGAUCGUGAAGGGGACCACCCCGGAGAAGACUCGCUGUGGUAGCGCCGAACCCGGUUUGGCAAUGCUGUCCGCGGAGGGCGCCAAGGCGGGCCCGGCUCUCCAUGGGGGGAUGGAGAGGAAGAGCUCGGGAUGCUGUGAGGCCCCAAAGAAGCGGGGCCUGUCCUUCUCCAUCGAGGAGAUCUUAAAGAGGCCGGCUGAGAGGAGUGAUGCAGUCAGGCCGGAAGGGGCAGGUGGACAGGGCACCGGGCAAGCAGCAGCCGCAGACUCCGGGCCGAAGAGACCCCCGCAGGACCAGCCCCCGGAGGAGAGGAAGGGCAAGCGGAGGAUCCGAACCAUCUUCACCACAGAGCAGCUGCAUGAGCUGGAGAAGAUCUUCCACUUCACCCACUACCCUGAUGCCCACGUCCGCAACCAGCUGGCAGCCAGGAUCAACCUCCCAGAAGCUCGGGUACAGAUCUGGUUCCAGAAUCAGCGAGCCAAGUGGCGGAAGCAGAAGACCAGCAGCCUUGAGGCUUCUCCACAGCCGAGCGAGGCCGACUUGGCCCCGCCCACAAACCCGGACGUGGUCGGCCCCAUGCUGCAGCCCCCUGCAGGGCCCAGGCUGGCUCCUCCCACAGGUUGCUAUCCACCGGCUCAAGGUCAGCUGGCCUCUGCCUGGCUCCCCACCCGGAUUGCCCUCCUCCCAUGCCACCCAUGGGAGACACAGCCUCUCCCAGACCCUCUCAUCAUCCAGCCGACCUGCAUCCCUGCACUUUGCUUUUUUGCACCUCCGCACCCCAAAUGGGGCAACAUCUGUGCUACUUCCACACAGGGACCAGACAUCCUCUCCUUAGUGGAGCUGCUCUCUUCUCCAGGCUUUCAACAGCCGGCCUCCAUUCUCAGAGCUCUCAUCCCUGAGACGUGCCAACAAGCAGUGCCCCGGACGGGCACUGAUGGGCAGGAGAAUGUGGUCAUGCCCUUGGCGGCCACCAGGAAGCUUUGA